GCAUUUGUAUUGAGCUGGACUCGGCUUCUCUACCUCGUCUACCAACAAACAGCUCGCUCGACAUCCUAUGCUACAUUUGCCAAUUCCAUACAACAACUGAAGUGAAUAAGUUGGGCACGUGGUGGAUUUAAAUGAACUAGAUCGUCGACAGGGCAACGCCCCCCAGUUCAGUAUACAUGAGAGGGUGGGGUGUUUCUCCACCACUUGAAGUUUCCCAACUUCAAACUUUUGCACAUACAAACUUUUGUAAAGGCGCAGUCGUCAGCUCAUCCUCUCGAGUGAAGAUUUAAAGAUGUCUGGAAGUAGCUCUGAUCAGGGCUCUAUUGAUAAUCCAGUCAGGUUUAAGGAUCAGGACUAUGAAACCCUACUGCAGAGCUGUCUUAAAUCUGGCGUGCUGUUUUCAGACCCCAUCUUUGCAGCGAAUCAAAGCUCUCUCGGUGUACCAGUGGAUCCUGAUCCCAAAAAGGCAGUGAAGUGGCUCCGGCCAAAGGAAAUCACAAGCAAUGCUGUCUUUGUUGAGGGCACCACGGGCACCACCGAUAUCUGCCAGGGCCAGCUGGGCAACUGCUGGUUGCUGGCCGCCCUGUCCUGUCUUACAAUGCACCCGACCCUGUUUGUCAAAGUGGUUCCAUCUGGCCAAAGCCUGAGCGAAUCGUACGCUGGCAUCUUCCACUUCAGGUUCUGGCAGUAUGGUGAGUGGGUGGAGGUGGUUGUGGAUGACAAGCUGCCUGUGAGAGAGGGCCGUCUGCUUUUCAGCUAUUCUCGCACCAGCAAUGAGUUCUGGAGCGCCCUGGUGGAGAAAGCUUAUGCCAAGCUGACUGGAUCCUAUGGCAGUCUGAAAGGAGGUAUUAUCUCCGAGGGAAUGGAGGACUUUACAGGGGGGAUUGCAUACUCACUCCCCGUGUCUUCACGGACCCCACGUGUGCUCUGGAAAGCCAUUACUGCUGCCCUGGCCAGAGACAGCCUGAUCAGCUGCUUCAUACACGCUACAAAUGUGAAGGACAUUGGCACUGUGACACCAGACGGUUUGAUCAAAGGUCACGCCUACGCCAUCACUGAUACGAAUAAGGUCCAGAGGCAGUCCGAUGAGGUUUUACUGUUGAGGGUGCGUAACCCCUGGGGAUUUGUUGAGUACUGUGGGCCGUGGAGUGACAAGUGUAAAGAUUGGGACAGUAUAGACGGCGCUCAAAAGACCAGACUUCAGUUGGCCAAAGUUGAAGAUGGAGAAUUCUGGAUUGCAAUAGAGGACUUUUGUCGACUGUAUAAUACAGUGGAAAUGUGCAGUGUGAAUCCUGACUCCAUGACGGGAGAGGCGAGCGAUGACACAGCUUCCUCUACCUGGACUCUGAGCUCACAUCAGGGUACCUGGGUUCCCAUGUGCUCUGCAGGAGGCAGCCGCCGGUACCCAAGAUCAUUCUGGAGAAACCCUCAGUUCCAACUGGUUUUGUCUGAGAAAGACGUGGAUGACCAUGACUUUAUAGAGGACGAGAUUGAGGACGAAGAUCCGGCUGGAGAAGAAGAUGAAGUUGAUGUGCCACCUCCUGUGAUCAAAACCGGGAAACAGGAAAAGAAGAAGAAGGGCACAAUAUUGGUGGAGCUCCUGCAGAAAUAUCGCAGGCAGAAAGAUAAAAUCAACUUUCUUUACAUAGCCUUCCACAUCUACAAGAUCCCGCCUGAGUUGCAGGACAAACCAGGUUCUCUAGACCAGCAGUUUUUCUCCAACAACAGGCCUGUCAGUCGCUCUGGAAAGUACCGGAGCAUCAGGAGUGUGUGGAGGAAGGUGCACCUGGAACCUGGCACUUACGUUAUAAUGGCCUCCACCUUCAGGCCCAACCAGCAGGGGGAGUUCUUCCUCCGUAUUUACACCCAAACUGGCAACAUACAAGGGUUUCAGGAUUUCCCAUGUACCAGCAAUUACUCAGCGGCUGUAAUGUCAAAGCCAUCUUUACCUGAGGACCAAUAUAGGGUGCAGAAGUGGUUUGACGAGAAAGCUGGAGUGGACGACAGAGUGAAUGCUGUGCAGUUUAUGAAUCUGGUGAACUCAGUUUUGGAAAAAGACUAUGAACUUCCACUGGAGACAUGCAGACAGCUCAUAUUUGGAGAAGAUACUGGUGGCAGAGGGCGACUGAACAGAGCUCAAGCAGAGAAGCUGCUCACCUCCCUACGCAAUCUGCAGUCAAUCUUUUUCCAAUUCGAUGAGGAUUCGUCUGGAACCAUGAGUCCGUUUGAACUCACUCUGGCUCUGAAUGCUGCAGGUGUGGAGGGUGACAGUGUUGUGGUGCAGAUGUUGUGGGAGAGGUUUGGCGCUGGUGAACUCUAUUUGCCCUUCUAUGGCUUUGUCUCCUGUGUUACCAGACUGCAGGUGCUCUUUGAUCUCUUCGAGGCGGAGACCAGCACAGAGGUGAAAGACAGAGGCAUCAAUGCUUGGCUGCUCAGGCUGUUGGCUGUAUGAGCGGUUCAGACAUGACACCUCAGCAGGACAGACGUGUUAGGCCAAGACCACUCUGACGUCAUCAACCUGGGCCUGCGCCUCCAGCUCUCCAUAUCUCUCUCUUGUAUUUUAUUUGUGUUGUAUAUCUCUGGACCUAUGCCCUGCAGUUAUAUACACCCACAUACUUUUUCUUCAUUUGGGCUGUAAGAUCAUGUAGGUCAUUACAGUCUGGAUAUGAAAUGGACUUUGAUAUAUUCACAUUUUACACACUUUGUUUCCUUUAUGCAUUCCUAAUCACCAAAAGAGAUCAGAAAUUUUAAGAGCUUUUUUAAAAUCACGCAUUUAUCCAUUAUUAGUGAAUAGUUGGGGACAGUCCUAAAAUCAUCAAGAUUAUUAGAUUACUUCAUUUAACGGUGUUUCCCAUAUUUGUUUGUCUUAUGUAAAAAACAGCCCCAUGAGUAAGUCUAUGCUAGGUUCUUUCAACACAAAAUGAUAAGUUGUUGGGUCAAAUAUAAAAGAAUUUGGGUUCAAAUAACCCAGUGGUUGGGCUUGUCCCUUUUUGACCUAACGCUGGGUUGAAAAUAACCCAGCAUUUUUUUGCGUGUAUGCUAGGCUGUUUCAUCCCAAAAUGCUGGGUUGUUUUAACCCAUUGUUUGGUCAAAUAUAAACAUUUUCUGGGUUAAUUUACCCAAUGGCUGGGCUUGUCCCUUUUUGACCCAACGCUGUGUUGAAAAUAACCCAGCAAGUUUUUUGCGUGUAUGCUAGGCUGUUUCAUCCCAAAAUGCUGGGUUGUUUUAACCCAUUGUUUGGUCAAAUAUAAAAAAUUUCUGGGUUCAUUUAACCCAAUGGCUGGGCUUGCCCCUUUUUGAACACGCGGUGUUGAAAAUAACCCAGCAUAUUUUUGCGUGUAUGCUAGGCUGUUUCAUCCCAAAAUGCUGGGUUGUUUUAACCCAUUGUUUGGUCAAAUAUCAACAUUUUCUGGGUUAAUUAACCCAACGGUUGGGCUUGUCCCUUUUUGACCAAACGCUGUGUUGAAAAUAACCCAGCAUUGUUUUUUGCGUGUAUGCUAGGCUGUUUCUUCCCAAAAUGCUGAGUUGUUUUAACCCAUUGUUUGGUCAAAUAUAAACACUUUCUGGGUUAAUUAACCCAAUUUUUGACCUAACACUGGAUAACCCAGCAUUGAUUAGAGUGCACGUUCCAUAUCAAUGACCAUUUAAUAAAUAUUUAAUUCAAGUUUCUUCAAAUUUAAACUAUAUCCAGCUAUCCCCUGAAAUAAUUAUUAAUCGCCAAUCACUUAAUAAUUACUAAUUAUAAAUAAUUAAUAUUACUACUCUUCAUUGUUCCACAUAACAUUUUUAGUUUAUUAGAUAUUUGGCUGCAUAUUAGUGCCUGACAACCCCUUAACUUUAAUUUUAAAUAAUAAAACUGAAUCAACAUUCAUUAAAAUUUGAUCUGGGAUUUUUAUGCAUGACAGACAGUUAUGUUAUAGUAAAUUUUCAUUUAACUGUCUGGUACUGUCGUUUUUUUUUUCAAUUGUUGUUUUUGUGCAUACAUGUCAAUUCUGACUGCAGCCGUACCAGCUGCGCUUUGCUUUUAGAAGUCAAAUCCUGCAAUGCUAAUAAUGCAUUUAAAAGUGUGGUCUCAUAAUGCUUGUCAUACUUGUUGAACCAAGAAGCAUAAUUGCUUUUUUCUCAUAAAGCAUGACUCUUA